UUCACCGUCCGUCGAAGUAGACCGAUCAUAGGCAAUGCGAACUGCUUCCGCUGACUCGAUACGACGCUUCUUCUUCCACUGUUAUCUCUUGCGCAUCACAUGCUCCAAGCGUAUCACUAACAGUUCUGAUCAGCGCCAACGUGCUUCACCUUCGGGAGACAGCCUACGCACAGCGCGCGAAAUGGCACGCUGUUACAAAUCAAGAAUACCGAUAUCCGCCAGCCGGUGGUUUUAUGCGGCGACGCAACUCGUGUUAGUGAUCGGCAGAAGCGAACAUGGGAGAAAAGGGAGAAAACAUGUGGAUAAUUAAACUACCGUGUCAGCGGGGCGCUGUUGCCGCAUCUGAAGCUAAAUGACGUGAGACGAAGAAAAGGUUUUCUGGAGAAGCGUGGUUGAUGGUAUGUUAGAAUGUCACAUGAUGACUUGUAUCGCACACGCUACAUGUUUACGAGAAAGUCAUGGAUAGACGAUGUUUUCAUGACAAGUCUGUCACCUUGGCGUGCGAUCAGUCGUUACAACAUGUUGAAGCCUGCGGACACAUAUACGAACAGCUGGAACAAGAUCGAAAUGAAAGUGGAAGUUGACACACCCAGUUCCUGGCGGAAAGUAUGCCCUCUGCGGUCUCCGCGAUCAACUCAUAAGCACGACUUCCGUGAGGUGGAAACGUAUUCGGCCACAGAAAUGUGAAGAGAAUUAGGAAUGGAGAGCGAUGCACGAGCCCUAUGUCGCAUGUUUACGUGGAAGAGAUCUCCAUCGACUUCAGCAUGCAGGAUAGACGCGUGCGUUUAGGUUUCACGGAUGAGAUCGAUCACGACCGCAGUGACACAAAGCGCUAUGAACUGCCUCGCGGGAGAAUCCAGACGCUACAAGAUGCAUGUGAGAUGCAGAUGAUGAAUGGGUUUCUGACGCAAAUGGUCUCGAUGCAAGCCUGAAACAUGAAGAUGACGGCAAUGGGGCACACGGUUGACGUACUGUACCUGCCUCGAGACGGAUAUUGACGGGCGUCGAGGCGAAGCUAGUUCCAGCAGGUCUAAGAACGUUCUUCUUGC